UAUCAAUUAUCAUAUUGCUACAACUCAAGGAGCAAACAAGCUUAAACGCUAAACACCGGAACAAUCAGACACGAAACGCCGCGGCUGCUUCUGUCCAUGGAGGACGAAAUGUACGGAGUCCCGCCGUCGUCGACGACGGUGUACUCAGACAGGGCGCCGUUGACACCGGACAACCUAAUAUUCCCGGUUGAGUACCACAGCUUCCUGAUGUCCACCGGCGCUCGGAUUCCUAUGUUCGGAUCCGACGAGCUUCUCUCGGCUGCAGCCUCCGGCGUAACGGCCAUCACAGAAGCGGAACCCUCUUCCAACAUCGUCGUUCCCGAAAUCCUUCAGCGUCACCACUCCCACGACGCCGCUUCUUCCUCUCACAUGAAGGCCAAAAUCGCUUCUCACCCUUACUACCCUCGCCUCCUCCAAGCCUACAUCGAUUGCCAGAAGGUGGGAGCGCCUCCAGAGAUAGCAAGUUUGUUAGAGGAGAUACAGCGAGAAAACGACCUUUGCAAGGGGGACGUGAAUUCCACGUGCAUAGGAGCCGAUCCCGAGCUCGACGAGUUCAUGGAAACAUACUGUGACAUGCUGGUGAAGUAUAAGUGCGAUCUGACUCGGCCUUUCGAGGAAGCGAGCAGCUUCCUCAACAAGAUCGAAACGCAGCUCAGCAAUCUCUGCUGCACAGGUGCUUCCGCUCCAGCAUCACUUUCCGAUGAUGAUGGGGGUGCAUCAUCCGAGGAAUAUUUAAGUGGUGGUGGUGGUGGAGAUGCUGAUAUUCAAGAUGGGCAAUCACAAUCACAAUCACGGGUUGAAGAUCGUGAUCUUAAGGAUAAGCUGUUACGCAAGUUUGGUAGUCACAUUAGUUCUUUGAAAUUUGAGUUCUCAAAGAAGAAAAAAAGGGGCAAGCUACCCAAAGACGCUAGGCAAACUCUCCUUCAGUGGUGGAACAUACACUACAAAUGGCCCUAUCCAACGGAAGCUGAUAAGGUUGCACUGGCGAAGUCGACCGGGCUAGAUCAGAAGCAAAUUAACAAUUGGUUUAUUAAUCAAAGAAAGCGUCAUUGGAAACCCUCGGAGAACAUGCAGUUUAAUUUCUACGAAGGAUGAUCCAUCUCAGUGAAUUAUCAACUGUAUAUUCCUAAUUAAUUAAUAAUCAUCAUUAUUAUGAUUGCUUGUGUAAAGGAUUUAUGACUCUGACAUGCUUACUUAUUCCCCACAAAAAGAAUGGGGAAUGAUAGUAUAAAUUGUUUGCGUGACAUGUAUUCUUGAUAA